ACUGUUAGGCCUUUGUAAUGUAAAAUAGAAUGAUAACCAUGAGAACGCCUCUCUUAAUGAAAGCUAUUUCACAACAUGUCUCCUUCUUCUCUUUCAAGUCUUUUCCUUCUCUACCAUUUUGAACAAAGCAGGGGAAAUAACUCGGUCCCAGAAGACAGGACCAGUCAUCACGAUGGGAUGGCCUUUUCGUCCAGUACCACUGAGUCUCAUGAGCCGGCCCAUGUAGAGGGACCACUUAAGGACAGCCAGCCUAAGCCAGCAAGGACGUUCUCAUUUCUUCCUGAUGAGGAUGACUUAAGUACCCAUAAUCCCCUUUAUAUGGAGAGUAUAGGUCAAAGGUCAACCAAUUCUGACCUUUCACCAAGGACAGAUUUUGAAGAGCUAUUUUCACCCAGGACACAAGUUAAGAGUCAGUCUCUGAGGGGCCCAAGAGAAAAGAUUCAGAGGCUAUGGAAUCAGUCUGUGAGUUUCCCUAGGAGGCUCAUGUGGAAAGCUCCAAACAGACCAGAGACCAUAGACCUGGUGGAGUGGCAGAUCACCAGGCAGAAAGCUGAAUGCGAAAGCACUGGACCCCACCCAACCCAGAGAGGUAGCAGCAAUGCCCUGCUCCCAACCGAAGAUGCCCACGGGUCAGAGAAAGAAAGGGGACACAGAGACACCCUGAUCAUACAGCAAACAGAGCAGCUGAAGUCUCUAUCUUCGGGCUCUUCCUUUUCUUCUUCCUGGUCUCACUUUUCAUUCUCCACUCUGCCAACGAUUUCCAGAGCGGUAGAACUCCGGUCAGAACCAAAUGUUGUCGCUCCUCCUCCUGACUGCACCUUGGAACUUCCUCCUCCUCCGAGACCUUGUGUUUUCAAUUCUCUAGGCUUUAAGAGAGACACCCCCACUUGCACGUUAGAUACGGAAACGAAAAGGAACUCCUUUGAAAACCUCUCCCACCCACCUAACAUCCCUGCACCCCUUCCACGGCCUCCUCUUCCUCGACCUCCUGUUGCCUUCACUACCUUUCCUCUUCCCCUCUCUCCUCCUAAUCCUCCUCCUCCCCAGCUUCUUACAUUUUCUCUUCCCACCUCUACUCCCCGGACCUCUUCUCUACCUCCACCACCAUCACUUCCUCCUCGACCGCCAGCUCCACGCCUCUGCCCACCACUGCCUCCUUCGACUUCAGGUCCACCCACAGACAGCAUUUGUAUACCAGCUGUUAAAUGCACUGCCAGUGUCACACACGCCAGAGAAACUAAACCUUCUACGGCACAGCCACCAGCAUCCAAACGGCUGUGUGACGCGGAACCUCACAGACAUCCCAAAGGGGUCCUUAGACACGUGAAAAACCUAGCAGAACUCGAGAAGUCAGUGUCUAACAUGUACAGUCACAUAGAAAAAAACUGUCCACCCACAGACUUCUCAAAGCUACACACGUUUUGCCCUCCCGACAAAACAGUCAUGGAAACCACAUGUGACCAGAGCCAGGAAACGUUGGUUAGGGUCGUUGAGGGAAUUGAUGUGCAAACUCACUGUCAAUCAACAUCAUUGUAAUGUUGCUUCUCCUUUUUUAACUGGGCAGUUCUUUUCUUGAUCAGAAGCCUGAAGUGGAGCACGAGAAUUCGAACGUCAAAGAAGAUUCCUCUGUUUUAACCCCAAACUCAAUGCAAUGCCGUUUUCUUCCACACUUUUAAUUUAAAUUAACAUCAUCGCCACUAACUCAUAGAGUAGACUUACCUUAAUUUUCUUAACUUCAAGGUAGCAUUAUUUGUCCUUCAUUUAUUUAAAAAGUAAGUAACUUUAUCUGUUUUUCAUGGGGAGAUGUGGGCAUGAAAAGUACUGAUCCAACUAAAACCAAAGGCUUGUUUGACUUUGCUGAUGGGCAGUGUUGCUUUGGACCAUAGUUUUAUGUGAACGUUCUAGUGGGGGGAAACCGGCAAAACAGACCAUUAGUAAGCAAUAGUGCUCUCUCUUGGGCUUGUUAUUUUCUUGAAGUCUAUGUAUUUGGUAAAAAAAGAAAUGUUUCCCAGGUAAAAAUGUUCCUUAGAAAUGUAGGGAGUGACAGAGACAGCAGGGAUUUCGAAUCAAUCUCAGGUGCUAUAAUAUGUAGUUAUUGGUUUUCUUAUGAUACCCUCCAUUCUGGCUUGUUUUGACCUUAUUAGUAUGCUUUCAGCUGGUAAAUCUCUCCCGCUUUUUAGUUGAUGUUCUAGUCCUUUAUUCUUGGUAUUUUCUGUUUCCUUCUUUAUGAUGAAAAUAAAUCUCAUGCCCUUGACUUUUGUAAGAUAUCUGAUUUUUAUCAAAGCUGCCUAAGAUGCUAUUUA